ACAUCGAAUUCGACAUAGGUUUCGAAUUCGCUAACAAGGAGAGCGACCUGACCGAAGAGGAGAAAAUCGCCCUCCUCGGCAAACCGAAGCUCGGCAACUCGACCCGCACUCAGAUCAGGGUCAAGGAGAACAAGGAAUACAAGAACAUGGUUGACAAGUUGGUGAAGAAGGCCAACGCAUCCCUCCUUGUUGGUACCUCCUCUUGGAAGGAACAGUUCAGUGAAGCCAUCACAGUCCAACCUGAUGAAGAGGGAGAGGAAGAAGAAGAGACUGAGAAGCUGCCCAGCUGUAUGGAUUACGUCAUGCAUUUUGUCACCGUCUUCUGGAAGAUUCUCUUUGCCUUUAUUCCUCCCACGGACCUGCUGCUCGGAUAUCCGACCUUCGUCAUCAGCAUUCUCGGUAUCGGAAUGGUCACUGCCGUUAUAGGCGACAUGGCAUCACAUGUAGGCUGUACUAUAGGCCUUAAGGACACAAUUACCGCUAUUGGAUUUGUCGCGCUGGGCACAAGUGUUCCAGAUACCUUUGCCUCAAAGGUGGCCGCCCAGCAGGAUCCCUACGCUGACGCCUCUGUGGGCAACGUCACGGGCUCCAACGCUGUCAACGUGUUCCUUGGUAUUGGUAUCGCAUGGACCCUGGCUGCUAUCUACCACAAUGUCCAAGGAAGAGACUUUGAAGUCUUGCCUGGCAACUUGGCCUUCUCAGUGACCCUGUUCUGCGUGGAGGCGGCAGUGGCCAUCAUGGUGAUGAUGAUCAGGCGACACCCGAGCGUCGGCGGCGAGCUCGGCGGGCCAAGAAUCCCCAAGAUCGUGACGUCCGCCUUCCUCGCCUUCCUGUGGGUCUUCUACGUGUUCAUGUCCUCCCUGGAAGCCUACGACAUCAUCCCCUCUCUAUGAAUAAUCCGUUCCGGUUGUGAGGACGUCGCAAGGCUGAUGGGCAACGUGCCAUGGCGGGCGACGAGGGUCUUCCGCGCCCUGUGCCCGAGCUUGGCCGGUCAAAAGCAGCGUAGACUAGCUAACCUUUGCCACUAUCCGCCGUGCGGCCCAAGCGGCAGCGUUGUGUGAGUGACUACUAUGUGUGAUGUCCUCCACUAUCACCACCAACACCUCCACCUCUUCCACCACCAAAAUUACAUCCGGUCCUGUGUCAUCCGAAGGGCCUGUUUCUAGCUGUCAUGUCCACUUGCUCUGUUUAUUUUUUUUUCUGUUUUUAUUUAUUUGUAUUUUUAUGAGGCUGGUCGAUCUGCAGCCCCCCUGUGAGCCUGUUUAUACCCUGUGGACGUGACUCACGAGCAUUCCUCACUAACAGUGCCGUACCUCUGUCUCAUCCUAGCACAAAUUUCAGUUUUUGGCAUGGCGGUGCUUGUGGAUGCUACGGGAGACCAUUAAAACGAGGUUAUUACAACAAUAAUCACAUGCAGCGACUAUGACGGAAGCUGCAUGUGGUUACGAUCAAAAAAACAAAUACAAAAUAACACAAAACUAAAAAAAAAAAUAUUUGUACAACUACUUCCUCCUUAAGUGUAAGUAGUAAAUGCAAUGAUAGUCAUGAAUGGUUGCUAUGGUGACAGCAUACAGUGGCUGCUAUGCCACAGCUGUGAAUGGCUAUACUUGGUAGCCUUGUUGCUCUCAUAGCCUCUCUUCUGAUGGCCACCGUGACCAUGUUUACAGUGGUGUGUCGGUCGUGUCUCGGGUCGCCCUCCUCCGUCAAGCGUUGCGAAUCUUGGGGCGACCAAGGCGUCCACUGCCCCAUUCACUCGACUAACACCCAGCACUUUCCUCUUUAAUAAUGGCCUACUCUUACAAACUCUUUUGGAAAAAACGAUUAAAAAAAUCAAUUAAGAAAAGUCUACCCUCAUUCCUUGUAUGUUAUCUUUUAAGUUGUUUUAUUUUUCUGUUUUACCACACGUGGGUUUUGUUUCUGUGGUUGUAUUGUGUGCCAUCAUCCCCUUAGCCCCGCCACUAUGGUUGUGUCUUGUCAUUAAUGCCUCAUUCAUGCCACUGUGGUUGUGCUGUGUCAUUAAUGUGUCAUCCAUGCCACUCUGGCUGUCUCUCGCCGUCAGUCUCUCCUGGCCACCGUGGUUUCUUCUCCAAUUCCUAGUAAAGACUAAAAGCAGUACAAUGAGGCUAGUCAAUGGUUUGCAUAAUUAAAGUAGAAUCAAAAGUUGAAA